AUGACACAAUCAAAAGCGGCCAAGCGAAAGAGAAAGGCCCAAGCCCAACUUCCUAACAAACAGACCAAGACUGCUACCAUCGUGACACCGCCUCCCGAUGGCGACGCCAAUCAGUUCGAACCGAAAAACCUGCAGACGGUCAUAUCCGAUGAAGAGCUCGACAUCACAAUUGAGACUCUGACGACUCUGGCCCAAUACCCGAGUCUCACAAAGUCGAAACUCUGCAAAAAUCUGCGAACGGCUGUCUAUGACUUCCGACAGUCAUGUACCACGGGCGUAAACUCUGCCGAAGGCGCCAAUCUCACAGCCCGAGUUACAGCAGCGUUGACUGAUGAAAAGUACCUCGAAGCUAAGAUUUUGCUUGCCGAGAUGCGAUUGCGAGGAGAGGAACCGAAAUUGGGUGCUCUUUGUCGCUGGGUUCGAGAUCUUGAUGUUGUCACGCAGCCCAAUGGCGCUAGCAUUGUCAGUCCCAAUCGAUCUGACAAGGAAAAGGAACUUCUCGAGGUUCUUGAUGCUGUCAUGCGUGUCAGCUGCCCAAUUGAUGACAAUCCCGAAGCAAAACUUCCGUCUCGAUUGUCUUCUCACAUCGCCUUACAGCCUACCUGGGAUCUCCGAGAGUCCACCGAGCCUCACCAAGUCUAUGCCUCUGUGCUGGACAAAUCCAUCCUCUCUUCUGGCCCAGAGUCUCUGCCUUCUUCUCUCCGAAUUAUCGAAACAACGCCCGGCCAUCUGCGCAAACCGCCCAACCACCACCCUGCUAUUCUCUACACAACCGAACCCAACACUGUCAACUUAUCGACAGAGCAUUCAGGAAUAACCUACCAUAACCAUCCUAAUGUUCCUCACCUUGGUCUCGCCACUGGUGUGCUCUCACCGGACGAAUGCAAAGCUAUAAUUGCAGCGGGCGAGAGUGUUGGUUUUCUUCCCGACACACCCAUCCGAGAGGGCGGUGAUACUAGCGUCCUUGCACACAACUUCUACUGGAUUGUGGACACGGCGUUCCACGAUAAGCUCUGGGCACGCAUGGCUCCAUUUGUUCCAGCAUCGAUUAAUGGUCGGCGUUCCCGUGGAGUCAACCGAAGGUUUCGUGUCUAUCGAUAUGUGCCCGGUGCUGAGUACAGAUGCCACAUCGAUGGAGCAUGGCCGCCUUCAGGCAUUCGCCCUGACGACACGUACGUUUACGACGAUUCACCAGCAGAAAAGAAACAGAGCUCACUCUUCACUUUCUUGCUCUAUCUCAAUGACGAGUUUGAAGGUGGAGAGACGACAUUUUAUAUACCUGGCCUGCGGGAGGGCACGCUCAAUGCGUAUCCUGUGCGGCCCGUUAUGGGGGGCGUUGCCGUCUUCCCACAUGGUGAAACCAAAGGCGCGUUGCUGCAUGAGGGGACUAGUGUCAGGAAGGGAGCCAAGUAUAUCAUAAGGACGGACAUUGAGUAUGAUGUUGAACCGUCAAAGGAAUGA